AUAUAAAUUUUCGUAGACCGUAGAAAGAUCCCCAAGUAGAGCUGAUUUCAAAGGGUACAUAAGUAUUCUUUCCUCUCACUUUUCAUUACUUUCCCCCCCCUCCUCUUACAACAUACUAAUAAAAAAUCUAGAUUACACAGAGCCAGGCCAGGUGUUAUGCCUGUCUUUUAUCAACAAGUAAGAGCACAUUAAACAGUUUUUAAUUGGUCCUAGGAAAAGCAAAGGUGAAAUGAAAAUUCAAUUCUCUUGGACCUUUGUUCAAAAUGCAUUUUUUUCAUCUCUACUGUAAGGAGCGAAUUUUAAUUAGCUUGAUUCUCGCCAUUUGGCCAUGCAUUUGUAAUCUUUGUUCACACUUUGUGAAAGAAAAAUUUGAUGAAAGAAAUUGGACAAUAAUGGAAAUCUUGUCUGAGCAGAACAAAUUGGAAUUAUCAGAUACAUUGCAGGAUGACUGGCAUGCCAUGGCUGGGGAGACGCAUCACAACUGGUGACUUAAAAAAAGUUCCUGUCCUCCAAAUGGCACUAUGCAUCCUGACAAAGUCUUACUGACACAAGAGCUAGCACCCCAGAGGGGAGAGGGCUUUUGUGCCAGACCUGUUUUGAAGCCUGCUUUCAACCUUUAAUUGGGAGGCCACGGGUUCUCAAUGGCUUCACCUGUAAAAUGGGGUAAUAAAAUCCCCUUGUAGCAUUGUGAGGCCUGAAAGAAAUGAAUUGUGGGAAAGUGCCUGGCAUGUAAUAGGAGCUCAGAGAAGGACCAAGAGGAGCACUUCAAAGGCAGGAUCAGUGGCAGGGCUAGGGGGGACUUGCAAAUUUCCUGGCUUGUCUCUUCUUGAGAGGACAAAAGUGGGCAGGGCAGGAUAUGUUUGUGUGCUGGUGCUGGAGGUGGUGGGCUUCCUAGAUCUUUUCUCAGUCAGUCUGGGACAGCAAAUAACCAGAGCCUUUUGCAAGAGGAGUCCAUUCCAGAUUCGAAUCUGUAGUUACAAAAGCUCCAAGAGUCCAUGCUAACCCUGUGAGCUUUGUGGGGCAGCUGUGAGGCCAUUAAGGUCACCUGCUAAGCACAGUAUACCAAUGAGGAAAUGAGGAGUUUCCUGGCCAGCAAGUCAGUCAAAUAGCAUACGUGGUGGGGGGCAGAGGUGGGGGGAGGAGGUGGUUUGCAAAACAUACCAUUCAUGGUUCUGUGGAGAGGUACCACAGAGGGAAAAGAUAUAGGUCUUGGCCUUGGAGCUAGUAAUUUAACAGAGAAGAGAGAGAGAAAAUAACUGGAGCCACAUAGGGUGCUAAUUGUAAAGAUCCAGUGGAUAUACAGCCUUCCCCCACCCCCCCCUUUUCUGAGAGUGUCAAAGUGAAAUAUUCCUGAGAUCCUCAGAUUACAUGCCAAGAGUUGGGUUCACAAAAUACAGUCCCUGUAUCUGUACGUGCAUGGUUCCAGGCUCAUUUUCUGAGUCCCUUCUGUGCACCCAGGAUUCCCUCCCUGUUAGGGGUGUAGGUAUACUCAGGGUUUGGCGGACCUGGGUUAAUUUGUAAGUCUCUCCCUCACUCUUUUAUGGCCUUGGGGAGGCACUUAUCCUCUGGGCACCUCAGUUUAUUCAUCUUUAAAACAAUCACAUCGUGGGUAGUGGUUAUCUUAAUUUAAGGAUGCUUUUUUUGCAUCCUGUGCUAGACCCUCAGGAUGGACAGAUAAAGAGGAUCUGUUUACUUUCUUCAAGGCAGUAGUUGUCCACCUUGAGCAAUUUUACCCUUCAGAGGACACUUGGCAAUGACUGGAGACAUUGUGGCUGUCACUCUUAGGUGUGGCAUGCAGGGGACAUGUAGAUGCUAAGUAUUCUACAAUGCACAGGACAGCUUCCUUUUCCACCCCCCACCCUCGCUUCUGAUUUUAGAAUUAGAAGAUGAGGAUGGGUCCCUCAGAGGUUUUUCUCUGGAAAAAGAGAGAAAAUGUCAUGAUCCUUAAUGCUAUUUUUACACCAUGGUCUUGCUGGGCUUUUGGGGCAGCCCCCUCCUGCUGCUCUUGACGUUCUGGUUACAGUUGCCUCCGAGGACACGCGUCCCACCAGGCGCAUCCUGGCGGGUGUACCAUCCUUAUCCACAUACAUGUCCCCAAUUAAAGACUUGCUGCCACCCCUGGAGAGGGGCCUGAGCAGUGGAAUGAAACAGAAAGGAGGGAGCCUUCGCUCGACGGGUCCCCUCGGCAGGACAGCAAGACAGACCCCGAGCAGAACGCCGCCGGGAGGCGUUGGAAAAAAGCUUUUGUAGCGAUCCUGUUAGCCUGCUUGGGGGCGACUUCCUGGGACAGCGGCUUCAGCCAGUGCACAGCCUGACUGUUCAUUGUCAUUGCCCUGGGCUGGCCCAAUGGCAGGGUACCAAGAAGACUCGCUUGCUGGCUGUGCCUUGGCGGCCCCGCCAACUAGCCGGCCACCCAAGGGGAUGCCUGGGUCCAACCACCCUUCCCCAAACUGGAGGUGAGCUCGAGAAAGCCCUGCGCUCGCUCCAGUGAGUGGCAGCUGAGAACUUUGGGCUCCGUAGGAAGAAGGAAGGGAAGUUGGGAAGGUCUUUGGACCUUGUGGCUUGGCUGUCUUCCUCAUGGCUUCACCCAGCCGCCCCGGCAAUGACUGCUCCCAUGUUAUUGAUCACAGCCAUGUUCCUGAAUUCGAGGUAGCUACCUGGAUCAAAAUCACACUCAUCCUACUGUUCCUGGUCAUCUUUGUGGUGGGCAUCCUGGGGAAUAGUGUCACGAUUCGGGUCACCCAGGUGCUGCAGAAGAAAGGCUACCUGCAGAAGGAGGUGACAGAUCACAUGGUGAGCCUGGCUUGCUCCGACAUCCUGGUCUUCCUCAUUGGUAUGCCCGUGGAGUUCUACAGCAUCAUCUGGAACCCGCUGACCACGCCCAGCUACACCGUAUCCUGUAAGCUUCACUCUUUCCUCUUCGAGACCUGCAGCUACGCUACGCUGCUGCACGUGCUGACGCUCAGCUUCGAGCGCUACAUCGCCAUCUGCCACCCCUUCAGGUAUAAGGCCAUGUCUGGGCCCUGCCAGGUGAAGCUGCUGAUUGGCUUUGUCUGGGUCACCUCCGCCCUGGUGGCCUUGCCUUUGCUUUUUGCCAUGGGAGUUGAAUACCCCUUGGUGGACGUGCCCAGUCACCGGGGGCUCUCUUGCAACCGCUCUCGCAACCACCACUCCGAGCACCCGGAGACCUCCAACAUGUCCGUCUGCACCAACCUCUCUAGCCGUUGGACUGUGUUCCAGUCUAGCAUCUUUGGUGCCUUCAUCAUCUACUUGGUGGUCCUGGUCUCCGUGGCCUUCAUGUGCUGGAGCAUGAUGCAGGCGCUCCAGAGGAGCAAGCAGGGCACGCUGGCCGCCAAAGGGCAGCAGCUGCAGCUGAGGAAGUCCGAAAGCGAGGAGAGCAGGAGCGCCCGAAGGCAGACCAUCAUCUUCCUGAGGCUGAUCGUUGUGACCCUGGCCAUCUGCUGGAUGCCUAACCAGAUUCGGAGGAUGAUGGCUGCGGCCAAACCCAAGCAGGACUGGACCAAGGCCUAUUUCAAGGCAUACAUGAUCCUCCUCCCCUUCUCGGACACUUUCUUCUACCUGAGCUCCGUGGUCAACCCGCUGCUGUACAACGUGUCCUCGCAGCAGUUCCGCAGUGUGUUUGCGCAGGUCCUGCGCUGCCGCCUGACGCUGCCGCACGCCAAUCAGGAUAAGCGCCUGCGCGCCCAGGCGGCCUCCACCAUGGACAGUGCCCGCUCGGUGCACCGCCCGCUCAUCUUCCUGGCUUCCAGGAGCAAUUCCUCUGCAAGGAGAACUGACAAGGUUUUCUUAAGCACUUCUCAGAGCGAGAGUGAGGCCAAGCCCCAGUCCAAGCCUCAGCUGUUGAAUCAUGAGUCACCAGAGUCCGACUCGGUGAUGAAACCAGCCAACCCUGCCACCGAGAAUGGUAUUCAAGAGCACGAAGUGUGACUUUUAAGGAAGGACGCCUAGAGUGCUCACUGGCCCUCCCCCCAGGAAAGGAAUAUUACCUGCUUACAGCAGUGACAAAAGAAACUGCCACUAUCAGGGACAGGAGUGGCCUGGGAGAAGGCAUAUGGCCACUUAAGUGUCGCCUAAGGGCUGAUUCUGCCAGCCUGGCCUCCACUCUGGGGACAGACUGGGGCAAUUUUCACUCUACCGCCUUCCUUCCUUUGAGGACACACUGAAAAUUCAGGCAGACUGAAUUUCUUCAGAGCUCAGAUCAUUUUUUGUUUUUUUUUUUUUUACACUGAGCUAUUUUGUUAUUUGCCAAGGAACUAAAAGAACACAGAGUCUCCUCCCCACCCAGAAUAAAAGGACACCCAGCAGAAUUUCGGGGAGCAGGGGGAGGGCGGGCCAGAAGAACAAAGCAGGAGGGUCUGGCAUCUCCUUCAGCUUCAGCAGUGUGCCAAAAAAAGAGCUAAUUUGAGGAGCAGGAUGGUGCUGAGGAGCCCUGGCCAGUGAGCUGAGGCAGAACUGCUCCGUUUCUUGGGCCUCGGCCCGUUGCAAAGAGGGGUGUUGCAGCAGCUGAUGCACACUGAGUUCAGUUUCCCUGGGGAGCAGAAGGACUGGUACCCCGCUGAGGCGAUGAGGCAGGCCGCUGACGAGGCACACGACUUGCGGUACAUGAUUCCUGUAACACAGAUCCAGAGGAGCUGGGUUAACCUGCCUGCACACUUGGCUGGUGUUGGCCAGUGUCCCUCUGAGCCCAGGUCCUCAGGAACAGCACUUCUGUACUCCUCCCACAGCCCAGAAACUUGGCUGGGGCCAGGAAACCACUCCAAGUUGUUUCACUGAGCACCCCCCCCCCCACCAAAAUAUAAGACCUAUUCGGUGAAGAAGACAGGCAUCAUUUCUCUUGGUUUUGACCAUUUUUCUCAAAGCUAUUUGAGACACCAAUACUAGUGAAUAAAGAGCUGUUACAAUCAAA